AUGAAUGUCAACAUCCCAACAAUGAAUGUGAACAUCUCAACAAUGAAUGUGAACAAAAACAUCUCAACAAUAAAUGUGAACAUCUCAACAAUGAAUGUGAACAUCUCAACAAUGAAUGUGAACAUCUCAACAAUGAAUGAGAACAUCUCAACAAUGAAUGUGAACAUCUCAACAAUGAAUGUGAACAAAAACAUCUCAACAAUGAAUGUGAACAUCUCAACAAUGAAUGUCAAUAUUUCAACAAUGAAUGUGAACAUCACAACAAUGAAUGUGAACAUCUCAACAAUGAAUAUGAACAUCCCAACAAUGAAUGUCAACAUCCCAACAAUGAAUGUGAACUUCUCAACAAUGAAUAUGAACAUCUCAACAAUGAAUGUCAACAUCCCAACAAUGAAUGUCAACAUCCCAACAAUGAAUGUGAACAUCCCAACAAUGAAUGUCAACAUCCCAACAGUGAAUGUCAACAUCCCAACAAUGAAUGUGAACAUCUCAACAAUGAAUGUGAACAUCCCAACAAUGAAUGUGAACAUCUCAACAAUGAAUGUGAACAUCUCAACAAUGAAUGUGAACAUCUCAACAAUGAAUCAUCUCAACAAUGAAUGUGAACAUCCGAACAAUGAAUGUGAACAUCCCAACAAUGAAUGUGAACAUCCGAACAAUGAAUGUCAAGAUCCCAACAAUGAAUGUCAACAUCUCAACAAUGAAUGUGAACAUCCCAACAAUGAAUGUGAACAUCUCAACAAUGAAUGUCAACAUCCGAACAAUGAAUGUCAACAUCCCAACAAUGAAUGUCAACAUCCCAACAAUGAAUGUCAACAUCCCAACAAUGAAUGUCAACAUCCCAACAAUGAAUGUCAACAUCCCAACAAUGAAUGUCAACAUCCCAACAAUGAAUGUCAACAUCCCGACAAUGAAUGUGAACAUCCCAACAAUGAAUGUGAACAUCUCAACAAUGAAUGUGAACAUCCCAACAAUAAAUGUCAACAUCCCAACAAUGAAUGUGAACAAAAACAUCCCAACAAUGAAUGUCAACAUCUCAACAAUGAAUGUGAACAUCCCAACAAUGAAUGUCAACAUCCCGACAAUGAAUGUGAACAUCCCAACAAUGAAUGUGAACAUCUCAACAAUGAAUGUGUACAAAAACAUCCCAACAAUGAAUGUCAAUAUCUCAACAAUGAAUGUGAACAUCCCAACAAUAAAUGUCAACAUCUCAACAAUGAAUGUGAACAAAAACAUCUCAACAAUGAAUGUCAACAUCUCAACAAUGAAUGUGAACAUCUCAACAAUGAGUGUGAACAUCUCAACAAUGAAUGUCAACAUCCCAACAAUGAAUAUCAACAUCCCAACAAUGAAUGUCAACAUCUCAACAAUGAAUGUGAACAUCCCAAGAAUGAAUGUCAACAUUCCAACAAUGAAUUUGAACAAAACCAUCUCAAUAAUGAAUGUGAACAUCUCAAUAAUGAAUGUGAACAAAAACAUCUCAACAAUGAAUGUCAACAUCCCAACAAUGAAUGA